AUGUUUGCCUUCGUGGUGCCACCGGUGGCAUGUGUUCUGACGGAGCGGAGUUCCACUGAACCACACAAAUUCGAGCUGGGAUACGCUGCGCGCUCUCCGGAUGAUGGGCAAAAGUUCGACGGGUUCGACAUUGUACCCAAUUUGAAUAAUAAUAAGCCAAGCAGGUCGACAGCAAUCCUCACUACACAAAACAAUCAUCUACAUUUGGGUGACAAUGUAAAUAGUAGCAACGGCAACGCCAGCGAUCUGGUUGUGGGAGCACUGCGGCAUCAGCGCGAUUUGUUCAGUGGGUCUCUUGGCAUACCGGACGUCACGACACGUGUGGGCAGCGUUAUACACGCAUUCGAAACAAUGGCCCGCCAGCGGCAAGCCCUCGAAAGAAAUAUAGGCGAAAAACCAUACGACUCAACCGUAGGCCCCCGGUAUCGCUCUCACAGGUCCAAUGUAAAAAGAGUUAAUGAAAACGGCGGCAACCGUCAUAAAAUUAUAUUGCCAUCUCCCAAGAUAUCCCCAUCCUCUACCGAAUCCUUGACCUUUGUACAGCAAUCCUUUCUUCCGAACACCCUGAACCAAUUCUUGAACAACAGCAAACACAAUAAUAGCAGUAGCAGUAAUAAUCUACAUAUAAAUAACAAUAAUUCAGGACAGUACUUUCUGCAUUCAAAUAUCCAUAAUAGUAAUAGCAACCAGGCGCUGGCCAGAACGACUUUCCAGUCGAACACUGGCUCAGAAAUCCAUUACAAUCUGGCUAACGAUAAUGAAUCAAGCAAUUUCGAUUCGCUGAAUCUAGACGAUGAUUACCGUAAAAGCUCUUUUGGCAAACAAUCAAAACUCCAGCCAACGACGACCGCGGCUUCGAUUGGCACACUCGGUCGUAAUCAACAUUUAAAUGAUGCCACUACUGCCAGCACGAUGAACGGUGGUAAUGCUAACUUGCGUAGUUCUUUCCAACCAGCAGGAGACACUGAAAAUAACAGCUUCAGUAGAAACAAUCCGAACGUAUUUUUCAACUCGGCGCCACCACUGUCCCAACCGCCAUUAUCUGCGACAGCAUCUCAGGUCCUCCCCGAGAAUGACACACCAGCAUCCCCAACGGCAAUUGUUGGAGCAGCUGCAGCAAGGACGACAGUGGCGACGGCAUCAACGGCGUCAACGACAACGACGGUAACGUCGCCACAAACCCCAGCUUCAACGAUGCGAUAUUACAACCACGAUAACAACAAUAAUAAUAGUGGCAAUCGCCGAUCCACCCGCAGUUCCGCUGGCGUCGUCAUCGGUGGCAAUCCUGCGAAUGACGACACCGACGGCAGAGGCGGCGCUGGCUUUACUAGCAAUGACAAAUUCCUCCGCGGUACCACUGUCAGUCAAUCAUUCAUCAAGAACGUGAAGAACAUGCGGCGAAAGUCCUCAUCGUACGACUUGCAGACUGCCAGCGCUGGUCUGAUGACGGGAGGAGGAACCACCGCAAAUUCCUCAUCCGGUGGUGGUGUUGGGUACCGACAGAAGAGCGGAUCGGCGUUAAUGACAACGGCUGCUAGACACCUUUACCGACGUGCACCGAAGGGUCCUGCCGCUGCCUCUGAUAAUGACACUGAUGAAUUAACCACCACCCCAACCAGCACUGGCAACAUUAUGGCCAAGCCACGGGAAUCUGCAAACGUCGACAGUAAUCGUGGCUCAGCUUCUUGGCCCGACGCGGUGAAGCGCAGCCACCGGGGGAAGCCGGCAAUUAGCCAGAGCCUGCAGGACACGAUUGGCUUGAUAGGGAAGGAAGCCAAGGUUCCUGUUAGCUUUGGUACGCUCCAGGAAACUGAUCGCUCGGUUACAGAGUGUAAGCGCUAG